AUGAACAUAUCGACGAGACCUUUGCACUGGGGCCUCCUGUGUCUCUGUAUCUCAAGCUUCUGCAUCCAGCCAGUGUCCAGUGGCAACCGAAGCUCUCGAGGACAGGCAGGGUCAUCACAGGAGAGGACAGGGACUUGUGAAGUGGUUGCUGCUCAUCGUUGCUGCAAUAAGAACAAGAUUGAAGAACGCUCUCAAACGGUCAAGUGCUCCUGCUUCCCAGGACAGGUAGCAGGGACAACAAGGGCUCUGCCCUCUUGUGUUGAAGCUUCCAUUGUGCGUCAGAAGUGGUGGUGUAAAAUGGAGCCGUGUCUGGAGGGGGAGGAGUGCCGAGUUCUCCCUGACCUCACUGGCUGGUCAUGCAUCUCUGGGAACAAAGUGAAGACCACAAAGGUUGCACGAUAACAAGGCAGAAGCUCCAUCUAAUCAGCGCAAACCCACAGCGACCUGCUGCAGUCAACUUAAGUAACGCUGGACUCUGAGGACGCCCUGUCAGAUAGAGCACGGAACAAUAUAGAUUUAAUUAGAUAUCUCCUUGCUCAGCCUAAAACGGCAAGAACUCAUUAUUUUAAUUUCCUUUGUCUUGGAACAAUUUGGUUUGUGUUAGUCCCAUGGAGUGGACAAUCUAUUAGUAGCUGGCUGAAGAUAAAAUGACGCUGCACCUUUUCCAAUCCAAACAGACAGCUUCUGCAAAGGCCUGUACUAUUGUGUUUGCGUUUGAUAUGCUGGGCACAUUGUGAUGCACUCAAUCAAAGUUUGGAUGGGCCUGCUGGCAGACACUUAAAAAGAGAUUUUGUGGAUUUUCAGGAGGCACAAUGUGAAUCCAGUCAGUGGCUUGUGACUCGCUCAGCCGAUCAAAGCUGAGGACCGCAAAUACUAAGAAAUUUAUGAUUAUGUAGCAUUUGCAGACAACGCUGCCCCUUAACUUACUCCAGGUUUUAUAAAGGGGUCAGAUCCCUUUGGACUAGUCCUAACCACGAAGAGGCACUCCCACAAACGUGGAUGCACACACAAGCGCGGAGGAACACAAAUGCUGCUUUUGGACUCCACUGGUUGGACAGGCCACCACCUGCAAGGCUGUGAUGGCAUGCACACAAGCGUGGAGCCCUGAUGCAAAACAAGGACUGUUUGAAAUGCUAAUCAUGGGGAGAAAGGAGAGAGAAAAGAGAAGAGGAGCUUCUUCACUGCUGAGAGUCUUUACAUCAUGCUUUUUUGUUUGUCUCUCUAAACUGAGCGCUCCUGUGGAGGGGACUCAGCUUCUGGUAAUGAUUGGAAACGCUGGUGAUUCUCUGCCUUGAAGCACAUUCGAGCCACUAAACAGAACCGAAUGUUUACCAUCAUUACUACUUCAUCAGUCUUCCUUUUUAUAUUAAUAUUAUUCCUUUUGGACCCACUCCUCAUUGCCUCUCUUUUAACUUUGCAUUUCACCUUUUUUUUUUUUUUU